ACGGCGCGGAGGCGGGGCGGGGGCAGCAUGGCAGCCUCCUUGGGGCUCCGAGGAGCAGCCUCCGGUCUCUGGUAUUGGAGCAGCCGGCGGCGGCCCGCGGCCAACCUUGCAGCGGAUACAGCAUAUUGUGAUAAUAUUCACCUCCAUUGCCCUCUGUUGCACCUCUUCCAUUCCCUCUGGACCCUCCUUAGAGCUAGUCCCCAGAGGCGAUACCAUUCCGGAAAUGAUACCCCUUAGACUGAAAAUACUACGUGGAAAGUGUGUUCUAGGUCAAUGGCUUCUAAGACUCCAGUUGGGUUCAUUGGACUGGGAAACAUGGGAAAUCCAAUGGCGAAAAAUCUCAUGAAACAUGGCUAUCCACUCAUUCUCUAUGAUGUGUUCCCGGAUGCAUGCAAAGAGUUCCAAGAAGCUGGUGAACAGGUAGCGUCUUCCCCAGCAGAUGUAGCUGAAAAGGCUGACAGGAUUAUCACAAUGCUGCCCACCAGUCUGAAUUCAGUAGAAGUUUAUACUGGAGCAAAUGGGAUUCUAAAAAAAGUGAAGAAAGGCUCAUUAUUAAUAGAUUCCAGUACUAUUGAUCCUUCAGUUUCAAAAGAAUUGGCAAAAGAAGUUGAGAAAAUGGGAGCUGUUUUCAUGGAUGCCCCUGUUUCUGGUGGUGUAGGAGCUGCUCGGUCUGGAAACCUGACGUUUAUGGUGGGCGGAGUUGAAGAUGAAUUUGCUGCUGCCAAAGAGUUGCUGGGGUGCAUGGGCUCCAAUGUGAUGUACUGUGGAGCUGUUGGGACUGGGCAGUCUGCAAAGAUCUGCAACAACAUGCUGUUGGCUAUAAGCAUGAUUGGAACGGCUGAAGCUAUGAAUCUUGGAAUCAGGUCAGGGCUUGACCCAAAAUUGUUGGCUAAGAUCCUGAACAUGAGCUCGGGACGAUGCUGGUCCAGUGACACUUACAACCCUGUGCCUGGGGUGAUGGAUGGAGUCCCCUCGUCUAAUAACUACCAAGGUGGCUUUGGAACAACACUCAUGGCUAAGGAUCUGGGAUUGGCUCAAGACUCUGCCACCAGCACCAAGACCCCAAUUCUUCUAGGAAGCCUGGCCCACCAGAUAUACAGGAUGAUGUGUGCCAAAGGCUACUCAAAGAAAGACUUCUCAUCUGUGUUCCAGUAUCUGCGGGAGGAGGAAACCUUCUGAUGUGCCCUCUGGACAUGGACCCUUGGGAAUCAGGCUCUGUCCUGAGCCUUCUCCUAGCUCACCCUCUGAUGGGUCUAAUCAAAGGUCGUCUGUCUGCUUUUGAUUGUCUACAUUACAGUAAUCCCUGGAAUUUCUCACCCAGUUUUAAAUGAUGCUGCUUUCAUGUUUAGCAAACGUACCUGAUGGUUUCCGCUAACUAGCUCAGUUGACCUUUUUAAAAAGUCUGAUCCUUGAGCACCUUCAACAAAAUUGAACACUCUGAUAAGGAUAUUUUAUUUACUCCACUUUGCAAAUAAAACCAAAUGCUUUGUCAACAAGAUGGAACCCAUGGUAAAAAGGAAAGAAAUCGGUUACAAAGACAAACAAGAGGGAAGUUUGUCCUGUUAACCAAGUGGGGUUAUUCCUUCAUUCCGGGUGCUGACUUCCUGUCCGGGAUUGACGGGUAAGACAGCUUGUUGACAGUGUCUUCCUGUUUGGAUUGUUCCAGUGUCUUAGUGUGCCUCUCCUGUUACAGCUUUCCACACUUGACCUGCUUGUUUCUGUAUUCCCGUUUCCUGCAUAUUCUUACUACAUAUUUUUGACUCCAGAACAAUAACAUCUUUAGACUGUUUCAGAGCCAAUGAUGAUAUUUCCUUUAGAUAAUUAUUACAUUAUUCUAACUAUAGUCAUAUUAUUUUGAAUUUAAAUAAAUUUCUAUGCUGAUAACAUUUUCUUGGA